UCAACUCUUUAGACUUUUCUUUCUAUAUUUCCACCUUUUUCUUCACCUCUUCUUCCUAUUUUACACUAAUUACUCUCCAUAAUUAUAAUCUUCUUAAUUUUGACUCCACUCUAAAUCUUUAUGAUCUAGCAAAUAAUUGAGAGGAUCAUAAUAUAUAUCAAAAUAAAUAUGGAAUAUCAUGUGAAUCGUAGCUAUAUUAGAAGAGAUGAUGAUGAUAAUAAUAUUGAAGAUGAUCAUGAACCUCAAAAGCAUAGGUUAAAGGAGAUGGACUUUUUUCAAGGCUCUACUUUUUUUUCACAAGGGAUAUUAAAAGAAGGUGGUACUAACAAGGCAGACAACAAUGGCGGCGACAUCCGAGAUGGUUAUGGUGAUGAUGAUGAUCUUAAACUACAACUUGAUACCGGGUUAAAGCUUCAAGUGGCUAGAAAUUUCGAUUUUGUCGAGAAAACUACGGUGGGAGAUGAAGUAGAAAUGCUAGAAUCUCAUGAUGAGAAUCAAAAUGCUAAGGAUGAGAUGAUAAUUCUAAGGGAGGAAAUUGCACGAAAGAGCGUCGAAAAUCAAAGAUUGAAGACAUUACUUGAUCAAGUUACGAGCAGUCACCAAGCCCUACAAAUGCAAAUCAUGACAAUUAGACAACACCAACUUGAUCAAAAUAAAUCCAUUAAAGUCCACCCAACAGAGACAUUAAUUAAUGAUGACGGGGUAAUAAAUGAAAAGAGGAAACAACAAAUGGGUCAAUUCUUGGGUCCAAAGCAAGAAAAUAACACUGAUGGAGGUGAUAAAAGAAGGUCCAAUUCAAAUUCAAGUGAUAACAAUAGAGAUUACGAGCAAUUAAAUAAAAGUACAAGUAAUGUGCAAAGAGUUGGGGGUACUGCAACCGUAGAGACUGAGGAGGCUCAUGAAGUAACCAUGAGACGAGCUCGCGUAUCAGUUCGGGCACGAUCAGAAGCAAAUAUGAUUAGUGAUGGAUGCCAAUGGAGAAAGUAUGGUCAAAAAAUGGCAAAAGGAAACCCUUGCCCUCGAGCUUAUUAUCGUUGCACCAUGGGAGUUUCUUGUCCAGUUCGCAAACAGGUCCAAAGAUGUGCAGAAGAUAAUAGCAUUCUCAUCACAACCUAUGAGGGACACCACAACCAUAACUUACCACCGGAGGCGGUACCCAUGGCCAGCACAACAACCUCGGCCGCCUCAAUGCUCAUCGCUGGCUCCAAGUCAUCAAGUCCGAUGGACGGACUAUUAUGUCCGUCUAUCUUCUCACAAUCCACGGCACUCCCAGGCCUCCCAAGCUUGGCCACAAUAUCCGCCUCGGCCCCUUUCCCUACUAUCACAUUAGACCUCACUCGGCCUCAAGGCUCACAACCACAAGGGAACAACAACAGUAACAUGCCAUGUGCAAACGCAAAUGGGCCGGCCUUAAUGGGCCUUAUGCAACAAUUGUUGGGCCAUGGGCCCAACAAUUUCCUUGGAUCAAAUGAGCCCAAUAGAGAAAAUAGUAACUUGCCUUCAGUUGACCCAUUAAGUAUAGCUAAAGCUGCCCUUGCUUCGGACCCUAAUCUUGCUUCCGCUUUAGCAACGGCUAUAUCCUCAAUAAUUAAGGGUAAUUAUGACUCAAUCAAUAAUGUUAAUAAUAAUGGUAAAAGUAGUGAAAUAGUUAUGGGUAAGCAAAUUUCUAAGGACAAUAACUCUGAUUUGUCCAAUUUAUCAGAGAAUUAAUUGGUUAAUUAUCAAUAAUAUAAUCAUCAUUCUCAUCUUUUUUA